CGUUUAGGUGGGCGAGAUUCUCUGCUCUGUAGAUACGCAAAGCAGCCGUAUCUCAUGAAUCACUUAUUUCCAAACAACAUGUUACAAUAGAUAUUCUGAUUAGUAGUAACAGGGAGCAUAGUCCUUGUGAUAGCUAGUACUUCAAUUAAGAAGAUAUCUUAUGAAUUUGAUAAAGCUUGUGUAAUAUCCGGUGUCUCCCUCUGUUGUGGCUUUGGAAAAACUGCUUUGUCAACAGGAUCCCUUUAGCUGCUUCUCUAGGAUUAAAGCUUUCUCCUCCUGCUGCUGCUUUUUUUUUUUUUUUUUCUUCAAUUAAGGGAGAAUUAAUUGCUGAACAUCUGCAGCCCACCAGAAAUCCCGAUACACAGAAAAUAUCUCCCAGAGAGGUGGAGGGGGAGGACGUGUUUGCCUGUGUGUAGGUUAGUGCAUCUUUGUAUAUACUGCGUGUGUCUGUGUGCACGCCGUGGGAGCGCAGGAAGAGAAGCAAUGACACACACACCCAAACAGUCCGGUUUUGGUUUGUGCCGGCAGCUGCCUCCAUCGUUCCUCAAUCCGUGUGAUGCUGAUAUUUCACCUCAUUUAAAAGUUUCCUCUAAUACUUUGCCCAGUUCUCUUAAGAGAGGUCAGAACCCAUUUUGGUGCUGGGGUUGCGCUGGGUGGUGGUGGCCGUGCCGGCAGGACGGUGUGCUGGUGGCAGUGAUGUGGCACCUCGGCCAGCCAAUAGCACACCCAAAGGCACACGCGUGGAGCCUUCGCCCGGCGCCGGCUCUCCCUGGGGGCUCUGCACAGCUCCUCUCCCUCGCCGGGUCCAUCCUCGGCCCCGCCGCUCAGCACAGCUCUCCAGAGGUCGGGCGAUGCCGCACCGCUCCCAAAGUUUUAGAAAGGCUCCAGCUUCAUCAGACAAACACGUUUCAGCGGCUCCAUGCGUUACACGGGCAUUUAACAUCCUGCUCUCUGCGUUUCUCUCUGGGAAUUACUGAAAUGCUGAAUAAUGGAGAAGGUGAAUUACAUCUCUGCUUCUGUCGGGAUUACACGUACCUGCCGCAGGCUGGGCUGUGUUGGUAGCUCAGACCACAACACUGGUCUCCCUAUGGAAGCAGCUGUUUCUAUCGGGCAUUGAGAUCCCAUGGAGAAGCUGAGGAGGGGGAUGGCUCUUCGUAUCCAUGAAGCCUGGAUACUUCUGUUUGUAAUCCCUGCUUUGGUCGCUCCAGCUGCCAUCAAUCAUGAAGACUACCCUGCCGAUGAAGGGGACCAGACCUCCAGUAAUGACAAUCUGAUCUUUGAUGACUACCGAGGGAAGGGCUGUGUGGAUGACAGUGGCUUUGUGUACAAACUGGGAGAACGUUUUUUCCCGGGACAUUCCAACUGUCCCUGUGUCUGUACUGAGGAUGGACCUGUUUGCGAUCAACCAGAAUGCCCUAAAAUCCACCCAAAGUGUACAAAAGUGGAACACAAUGGAUGCUGUCCAGAAUGCAAAGAAGUGAAAAACUUUUGUGAAUAUCAUGGGAAAAAUUAUAAAAUUUUGGAGGAAUUUAAGCCCUCGCCAUGUGAAUGGUGUCGCUGUGAGCCCAGCAAUGAAGUUCACUGUGUUGUAGCAGACUGCGCAGUUCCCGAGUGUGUCAACCCAGUCUAUGAACCAGAACAGUGUUGUCCGGUCUGCAAAAAUGGGUCAUCCUGCAUUUCAGCCGCAGCCUUCUGUCUCUUCUACACCUACACACCUCUGUGAAGGAAAUCAGUGCAGUAAUCUCAUUCUGGGUAUUACUGUAUGUUUGCACAUCAUCCUACCCUGUUACGCUUGCCAACUCAACCAAUCAGUUCAGCUGGAGAGACUAAAAAGUAUUUUUAAAGUGCGCUCUUCUUCAUCUCUAUCCCUGAUUUGCUAAUGGAGCGCAUCCCCUGGGCUGAAUGAAAAUAAGUGCAAGUUUGGUGGAACCAUUUGCCAGAGGGACCCACAGUUUGUUACAGCACACUCAGGUGAGGGUGAAAGAAUAUUAUUUAUUCAUGGUGGUGAUUCUGCUGUGUGCCAGUGGUUGAGCUGUGCUGCCUGGAGAGGGUUCCUGUAGGACAGGCUCGAGGCUGCUACGGUGCCAUCAGAUAUUGCUGGUCCCUGUUGUCCAGAGAUGCUCUUCUGCCCAUAAACAUCAGCAUCCAUUUCUGUCUACUCUCUUGGCCCACCCCUCUCCCUCUCAGUUAGCUGUCUUCAUGCUCUGGUUUUCCAUAGGUGUUUUCAGCUCUCAGUACAGGUCUAAGAGGUCAACACCAGUGCUUCACUCCUGCAGCAUGAGGCUUUUCUUGCCUCAAUUUCUGCAGCACAGGCUGCAAAGAGCUUGACUGGUUGGGAGUAAUUUCUUGCUUUUUGUGUUUGUGUUUAGAAAACCCUUCUGCAAUGUUGAUCUGAAUUCAUACCUAAGACUGAAGAGCUUAGGCUUGAUCGUUAGCAAAUAAAAGCCCAGUGGAAAAGAGUAGAGGAUGUUGAUUUCUUGGCUUUGGCUGGUUGGGUUGGCAUGGUUCGGUUCCUCACACCACUGGCCAUAUUGGUACAGCUAAAUAAAGAAGGACCGGGCAGAGCACUUGCCCGCGGGACCCUGACUGUCAGCACUUUGUAAUGGGGUGACGCACCUAAGUCACAUCACUCAGCCAGCGCUGUUUUAGCAGGCUUUGUAUGCUCCACCACCCAGCUGUGUCUUCACCCCAACCCCGAGGCAUGUGUCACCCCUUGAUGCUAAGGGACCCUCACCCUGCUGGGCUGCAGGGCCAUUCUCCUGCUAGCUCAAGCAGUCCAAAGAAAUGCAUACAAAAUAACUAUGUCUUGGGGUGAAGAGGGCACCUCCUGGGCUCUGGAGGAGGUCUAAGAAGAAGUGCCGGGUGGUGUGGAUGUGGCCAGUUUUUGCCACAUGGCAUUAGAGCCAGAGGAGGGUCUCAUGCCCUGUUCUGUUGCGUCAUGGAUGUGUUCUCUGAGUGCACAAGAAAAACUGCCACUGCGCUCUUACUCUUUAAGAUUUUUGUCUCCAGAAGCACUAAGCCACAAGGAGACUCCAUGUGUGGAGACUUGAGGUGCAGGGCUCACACCUGAAGUAGGGACUGGGGAGGAGGGGAAGCAUGGAGGAGGGCAGUGAUGCACCCCAGGUGAUACAGUAGGUCGUUAGCAAAGACAGUGAUGGCCCAUGGUCCUCAACUUGUCUGUGUCCUGAGCACAUACUUCUUUUCUGCUGGUCUGAAGAAGCCCAUCCUUUGGGAUGUAGGCAUGUGCUAGGUGGGUCUCAUUGCAAAACAUGGCUACUCUCAGCAACCCUGUGUAGGCAUGCCUCUAUUCCUUACCAUUUAUUUUUGUACACAAGUUCCUGAAAUUUAGAACUGUAAAAAUCAUGGUAGAGAUACAAAAAAAAUCAAGCUAAAACUCCCUCAAAACAAUGUGAAAAACAUCACAGACUGACAGUCCUAUCUAACAAACAGAGUUUGAAAUCUGCCCUAUCUCCAGUGAACUCAGGAUGUAUGUGAUCUGAUUGUAUGUAUGAUUUAACCUUAUUCUUGUACAGAAGAUGCUAACUGCAAGUUAAAUUUCAUCUCCUAGGAAGGUGGAAAGGCAGUCAGAGCUCCCCUUAGGUAUCCCCGAACUCCUACAUCCUCAUCACAUGUAUUCCAUACCAUGUGAGCAAUAUUACAUUUCUUGUUCAUGGAGGCUCCCCGGGUUUAUUCUUUUCAGGUAAACCGUAGGAUGUACAUAUUCCACUUGUACCCAUUUCUGAAAUCAUAAUUGCCACAAGGAAUUCAGUAACUAGUUUUAAGAAAAAAAACAACUAGAUAUGGACCAGUCCCACAGCUGAUGUAAACUGUAUACCUCAUUUUCCAUCAACUAAGCCACUUUUUUGUUCCAGUUAAAAAUGUGUUUUGCUGGUAGGGAAUGUUUGCUAGAAUAAAUGGAGCAGGAGCUGAUGUACCAAAAGAAAAGUACUGCACAGUCCUACACAAGAUCUGUUGAGAGAAAUGGGUUUGUGUGAAGAUGAGCACACAAAGUUCUCCCCAGCCUUUCAAAGCUUGGACUUUUUUCACUGCAGCCGGUUGAGCGUGUUUGAAGAAGAUGGGAAUAUGCUGGUCAGAAAAUGCUGACUCACUGAAAUGUCCCCAGGAGAAAGGCCAAUUAUAGCAAACUCACUGUGUGUACAUUUAAAAAGGUCGGGAAGAAACCUUGAAAUGAUCAGAUGCCCUAUUUUAAUGCUUUCAAAACGAACUGUCUCAAAUCUGGGAGGGUGGAGGGGGUGACAUGAUUUUGGAUGUAGAUCUUUAUCAUUUGGUACAUUUCAAAUAGGGGAGACAGAAGUGAAGGGGGUUUUGCCAAAUGAAUUAUUUCAGAGAACCUGUUCUGACUUUUAUUAAAAUUGAAAAGUGAUUAUGACUUUGACUUUUCCUCACCAUUUGAGUGGGAGAGGAAUAGCAGAAAUAGCUCUGACUGUGAUGGGAAAUGUCCUUCAGCCCAGGUAAGUAGUCAGGUCCGGGGUGGGAUUAAAAUACUCCUCUGGGGCUAGAUGUCUUUGGGGCCACCACCUUCCACGCCUGGCCGGAGAGGGCUGCCAGCACCUAGCCCUUCUUGGUAAACUCUCUGCACCUAGCAGGAUCAGGCCUGCAGGCUUUGCUGUUUGCAUAAAAUAGCACCUUGGAUUGCACUUUCUCCUCUAAUUGAAAUGCAUGGGAAAUGUCAGGAGGCGCAGGUGGAAGGGCCCUCGUCCGAUAUUGCUUAGGUGCUCCUGAGUCUCAUUAUCUCAGGUCAGUGCAUUUGCCUGGUUUCUGAUUUCUGAACCAGCAUAGCAGUGUGCUUUCAUGCCAUCCCCUCUCAGCCCUCACUGCAUACAGAAGGGACUGCAAAAACUGGGGAGUAAAUAAUCCCCCCAUCAGUUCCUCGGGCUGCGUCUGAGCAGAGGCUGAGGGACGUGCUGCAGCCGACAUGCAGCAUUUCAGUGCCAAGCCAGCUCAGCUUGCAAGUCAAAGGCUCUGAUUUCAUGAGGGCCGAGCCAGCGUUGGGUGUUCCUUCCAGAAAAGCCUCGUCUCUGAUCUCUGACUCAUCGCAGCCACCGCUGACGUCCAAGGGACUCCUUCUGCAUGAGGAUUAUUCAUCUGAACUGGGUCCGCAGCAGCAUCCAAUGCGUCAUCCCUUAUCUCCCAGCAAGCAGAGGCUGGCAGCCGCGCAGGCGGUGGGGGCACCAGCCCCUUCCUGACGGCAUGGCAGUCACAGACCUGCCCGCUGGGUUAUGGAUCAGGGCAGUGGUUGCCAGCUAUUGAUGAAUGAAUUUCGUUUGCUUUUGUUCGACGCGCCGCAGUUGGUGUGCGUGAGGCUUUGCUACCCUCUCUGUACUAUGAGGAAAGCGGCGAGAGAGAAUUUUUGGUUACUUUUCAAGCUGUGUCAAAUGAAAAAGAAAUGUAUUGCAGGAAAUGUCAAACGGUAAUUAUUAAGGACUCAGAAAACUGUGAUUAAAAAUGGAAACCUGUCCACCGUAGUAACAGUUAGAUAUAUUCGCUAUGUUUUGCACAGAAACCAUGUUUUUCCUUGCCUACAUUUGUGCCCCUCUAGAGAGCAAAUACACUAUGAUCCAGUUCCUGAGACUGUUGUUAACUGGCCUGGCUGCCUUGCUCCAAGGGAAAGACCCAUGCUUUUUCAGCAGCUGAGGAUCUGUCCCCCUCUUAUUUCUUCUAACAGCUUGACAAUGAAGUUGCUACAAGUAAAAAAUAUCCAGGGCCAUCUCCUGCACCCACAUAAGCCAGCCUCACACCCUCCAAAUCAGGGAAUGCUGCUGCUGUUGCCCCUGCGAGGUGGUACUGCCCCUUGGGAUGAACAGCAAGUUCAAACAGCAAAGUUGCAGCCAGCCAUCCUCCCGGGUGCAUUUAUCUGUGAUGGGAGCUUGCUUGUCUGGACUAGGAGGGUCUGCACAGUCCCCCUUCAUUGCUGCUCUGCCUCCUUUGGUUUGCUGCCAUCUUUUUCCAAAAAGAUCUUGCCAAAAUCUGAGUAAGGGACUGAGAAACAUAGAGGGGUUGUGCCUGGUUCAGCUAUCCCAGUACUCGAUGUGAACCUCCCAGAACACUUUCUUGAACAGUUUCACCUGUUGUUGAGAGACUUCCCUGCCCAAAUGGUUGCUUGGGUUUCCCAAGUGGGUCAACCCAUGAAGUAAAGGUGAUUACUUUUCUUUACAGGUUUAGUUUAACUUACAUCUGUGAAAAAGGCUUGAGGAGUGGUGAUGGGAGGGGAAUGGAAGGAAGGAAGCCCCCAGCAACAAAACCAGGACUUUCCUUACUCAUCUUUUGCAUGCGGUAGUGGUUUUUGCAGUCUGCAUUGCCCCUUCUCCCCCACUUUUUUCUUCCCAUCUCAGGGAAGUGCUGCCUGCACUCUCCCUCCUUGGGUUCAUGUGUGAUCAAGCAAGAAGCUCCUCUUGUAACCAUGGGUUAAACAAAGUGCUGUAACUAUUCUGUAGCCAGAGACGAGAUUAGAGGAGAUUGCUGGCUAAUUGGGAGCAGCAGCAGUGACCAAUCCUGCUUGACAGGUUCACGUGGGAUGCUGACAGGCACCAUCAGACUGGCUGUGACAGCCUGCACCCAGCAAAGAAGCUGGGCUCUCCCAGCCCCAUGGAUUUGCCGGGGUUUCAAAGCGGUGUGUGAAAGCUUUUCCUUCUUGGAAUAGGAUUUGCCAGAUGUGAAGGUGAUGCUCAAGGUGCAUCAAGGAAGUUGGUGCAUUUUGUCCUCCCGACUGAGGAUCGGGCUUUCUAGGCAUGGCCUGCUCUGCUACAGGAAAUGUUGGCACAGACUGCCAUAAACCAGGUAUCGCAUGUGCUGGUUGACUGGAGACUCCUAGAUGGGACCAACCCAAUGGUUCUCCGUUGCUGUAUGCAUUAACACUGCUGUGGGGGUGAGCAAAGGGGCCACAUAUCAUUGGCUUUCUGUUUUCCACUAAUCUGUUGGGAAACAAUAAAAUAAAAUCCCCCACAUAAGCUCAUUAUGUCCAAAAGUUUCCCAACUGAUAAGGACAAAGCAGCAGUGAGUCUGGUGGCACCUUGUAAUAAGGUGUUAUUGCUGUUUUUCUGGGGUGUGCUACACCCCCAUCAUUUCAGCGUUACCCCUGCUGCCAUCACGUUGGGAGGAGAUGGCCUCUUGGCGAGGGGCUAGCAGUGAGUCUCUGACCCCUUGCCUUUAGGAGGGAGCCUUUCUGGCAGCACUGGGUAGGUAAUCCUGACAAAUGAUUUAAGGCACCAUGUCGCUGGACGGCAUCGAUAAAACACAUCUGAUACGCUGUGGUGCCUAGUUGUGCGUUUCACCCCACGGUCACUGAGUUUCUACAUUUCUCAGCUGAACUCAGCCGCCAUGUCAAGGAUUUUGGCUGUGCACCCCAGGAGGGGGAUCUCUGGGGCAGAGCAACACCCCACACUUGGACAUCAGGAGCCACAAAGUCACCAUUGCUACUUUGAUUUCUUAAUGCAGCCAGGCAGCCCACACGUUAGGAGUGACAUUUUUCUUCUUUUUAUGUCUCCAGAGCAAUCAGUGCCAGUGUGAAGCUCAUUUAUUUGUCCCUCUCAUGUCAUCCUGCCCCAAAGGUUUCAUGGGACCUGGCCUGGUUCUUCUCCCAAAAUUUCGUGGCUGAGAAAUACCUUCAAUAAAGGCAACAAAGUUUAUUCACUGGGUUUGGCAAUCACUUCAUGGCCCAGGGAAGAACGAUGCAAAAUAAGAGUCAGGGGGAGAAAUAGAUGCUGUUUGCUCUCUAAAGCACCCGCUGGAGGUUAACCCAGCUGUGGCCUGUGCUCUCUAUAAGUAUGUAGUUUCUCUGGGUGAUGGCUCACUUGUGAUACAGUGCUUAACGGCCCUGUUCUGCAGCGUAUGUGCUCAGCUCAUCAAUAACCGGCCGUUCAUUAGGGAGUUGGGUCAGGCUGCCCAGCAGCAAAAGCCAGCUCCCAGCUAGCCAAGCAGGACUGGCCUCUAGCAAUGAAAAGCCCCUGGCCUCAUUUUAUCACUUGGCACUAUGGUAAUCGGUGGCUUUUAAUUAAGGCAGGAGGCAAUUGGUUGCGGAGGGCACGGGGUGGGCAGGGGUGCGGGGAGGAAUUGACUGUGGUAUAAAUAAGAUGCUGGGGGGAGGAGGAAGGGAAGCUGUACACAGUGAGGUUGCCUGGUGUGACAGCACAAAUUGGCUUUGUUUUGACAUCGGUGCCCCUCCUUUCCCCCACUUUUUUCCAGUGAGUACAAAAAUAGCCAAAAAUAAACCUCCUUUGGCCAUGCUGCGGUAGGGAGGGGAUCUGUCUUGAAAGUGCUGGGGCAAUGCUGUCUUCAAAGCGAGCAUUUCCCUGGCUUUCUUCUGAGAUUAAAACUCUUUCUGAGACAGAGACACUGGUUAUUACAGCCUUCUGGAUGCUGACUUUCUCACUGCGAUCGCUGUAGAGGAAUGAAGAAGAGAAAAAGAAAAAAAAGAAGGCAAGGGGAAGGAAUACAAAGCCAAACUAAUAGAGUAACUUCUGGCAUUGGCAAGUUUUCAUCUUCCAAGGUCAGCCCUGAUGUCGUUUGGAGACUGCUUUGCUCUUUUUAGCAGUUUUGGCUGUUGCAGCCAUACGUACAAAGGACCAUCUGGAACUCUGUUCCCAACUUUAGCAAGCGUUAACAUCAAGUUGCCCUGAGCGCCGUGUUUGCUUGCUGGCUGCAGCAGCUCCGUGUUUGAGCCUGCUCCUCUCAUAUCCCCAACAAGGCAGGGACUGGAUACAACCCCAUGUGGAGCAGUCAGCCAAGCAGGGUGUGCACAAAGCCCUCAAGCUUCCCUGGGAAUUUCUACCCUCCUUUAGUUGUGGGGUUUGGGGCUGGUCUGGAUUUUGGGGUGCUUUUUUUCCAUCUUUUUUUACUGCAUGUAGUUGUUGAGCUCAGCUUUUGUUAUAGGCAUUCCAGAGUACAAGAGCAUGUUUCAUUUUCCAGACUAGAAAAUGCUCAGAGGUAUAAUCAGGUCCUUCCACAGUAUUUAAUUAUCCAUAAUUAAAGGCAUCUACACAAAGUACCAGAUUUUCAAAGACUGUUCUUGUGUUACACUGCUAAUGAAUUAAGUAAUUAAUUGGCAUUGAAAAAAAUACAAUAGGAAACAUCAAUCUUUUAAAGUAAAGCAUUUUUAGGCGUUUUAUAAAAUCAUUAACUUGUAUCAGGUCAGUAGCUGUUCUAAUGUCUAAAUUCCCCUUCUGUUUUUAAAAAAAAUUUCUAAAGGACAAAAUCAACACAGGAAAAACAAGGCAGUGAAUACUUGCUACAGAGUGUGAAAACACUCAUGAAUGGGGAAUUUCAUUUGGAAGUUGCUGACCAUCACUUUGCCACCCUGUCCGGCAGUUCCUUCCCCCUGCAGCGCCAUGUCUUGUCUCUCUAACACCAAGCUUAUCGGUUGCCUGGGGUGGGGUGAGAGGGGAGAUGUUUUCUCGAGUUUCCUUUUCCAUCUCCCAGGCAGGUAAUUAAACUCCACAGACAAAUUAAGACAUUAUGUUUCUGCCAUUGUGGUUAUUCCCUUUCUCCCAGUAAUCAGUCAUUUGUACAGAUAUGCAUAGAAGUGGGAGCUCUGCCUCUGUAGCCUGACCUGAAUUUAUAGGGAUGAAAAAAAGGCAAAUCCAAAGGCUGGUGCCGCUCGGCUCGGUUAAACACCCUCCAGAAGAGUCCGUCCUUUGACUGGAAGGGGAACCUUUGGUGACCGAAUUAGACUUUUAGCUUUUAUACAUGUACAUGUUCAUUAAAUUCACCUUUCACUUGGGUCUCGUCUGUCUGCGGGCAGUCAUUUCUGUUUCUGGCGUUGUGGAGGCCAGGAGGCUGGGCAAUGCUGGUGAAGGCAGCAGGACAUGGGCUGGCUGUGUCACACAAAGUGUAAAAAUUGGGUUCUGCUCAAAAUGGGCAGCAGGAAAUCCGACAACUCAAACAUGAGCCGAGAGUAGAAAGAAAUGGUUUUAGCAGCAGCUCUCUUCUUACAUGAAAAGUUUUUGCUUUGCUUUGAAGUUCCAUUUCUAACGCGAUCCCACGUUCAAAACUUUAGUCAGAAAAAUCUGUUGCCAGGUGGAAAAAAAAUAUUGGGACCAUGCUGUUGCUCCCAAUGCAUCUCAUGAUGGCAGAAAGGCAUAAAGGCACUUUUUUACCAAUUGACAUGUUCCCAGAGUAAUCUGGUUUGCAAUGAAACUCUCUUUUUCCUAAAGGAGCUGAAGGUUUGUCUUCAAGCAUGUGGUUUCCGGCAGCUAAAGAAACCCUUCCUCCCAUUGGCAAGGGGUUUAUGCAGAGGUUUACUCA